AUGGUGGCGCCGGCUUCGCGAUUCCGACGAGGGGUUCGCAGUGGUGGUUUCGACGGAGUGGUCGACGGUGUGUACGGCAACCCAAUUCCUGUUAAGGAGCUUGCCGAUCGCGUGGCUAGCUAUGUGCACCUUUGUACAUUAUAUUGGUGGCUCAGACCUUUCGGCUGUGGUGUCAUACUAGGUGGUUACGACAGAGAUGGACCACAGUUGUACAUGGUUGAACCUUCUGGUGUCUCUUAUAGGUACUUCGGUGCUGCAAUUGGGAAGGGCAGGCAGGCUGCAAAAACAGAGAUUGAAAAGUUGAAGCUUGCAGACUUGACUUGCCGACAGGGAGUUAUUGAAGUAGCGAAGAUUAUAUAUGGAGUUCACGAUGAGGCCAAGGAUAAAGAUUUCGAACUCGAAAUGAGCUGGGUGUGUGAGGAAUCAAAUCGUCAACAUGAAAAGGUCCCGGAGGAGCUUCUAGAAGAAGCUAAGACAGCAGCCAAAGCAGCUCUUGAAGAAAUGGAUGCAGAUUAA